AUGCUCCAAGUUGGACAGGAAUGUGACUCCACCAUCUUGGCAACCAAAAAAAUAUUUGGACGUCGUAUAGAUGAUUCUCGAGCCACGUUAAAGUUUUUCAGACACAGAGGUGCUCCUUUUCAAUCUAUUACAGGAUUCGGUGACAUUCAUUGCAAUGGUCCUAUCAUUCAAAUCUAUCAAACAAACAUUCCUGCUGCUGCAAUGUUUCAAGGUUGUGCUACUAAUUAG